CUUCUCCUAGCUGCUCUCUAUCAGUGUGAACAAUAGUACGAUAUUUUGAGUGCAGAGCGUUGGAGAAGGAUGCAACGAACGCAAAGUGGUAUUGUGAACAGGAGAAGAGACCAGAAUAAGUUAACCGGGAUGCAUUAUUUUUGAAUGCGCCAAUUUUCACACCGACACUUCGCCUGUCAAUCAAGUUUGCUAGAAGAAGUUUAACCAAUAUUGUGCCAUAAAAGAUAACGGACGGAUGGAAGGGUCUAUUUUUGUCCGCUAAGACUCAAAGAGCUAAAAUAAUGGAGACAACUCUGAAAGCAAUAACGCGUUAAUAAGCAUUCAAGUGAUGCAGUGUUUAUAAGAUCACAGAGGACAGCCCAUGAUCAAUUUGGGUCAGUGAAUGCUCGUUUAUAUACCAUAGUCCAAUGUUGUUUGCGUGCAGAGGGAAAUUGGAGCGACUAAGCCUGUGCAUCUGGAUGGCAAGGUAGUUUAUGGCACUUUGCAAAAUAAUAGAUAAACGCCCACUAUCCAAAUUAUCCUUUCAAGGUAGCCUAUUGGUAGGAAUUUACACUGAUAAUCUGGACAAUCGGUGCUUAUUCAUUUGGAGAGUGGGUGGACAGUGGCAUUAUCAUCAUGCAAUGUCCCGUAUUGCUGGACACGUUUCAAACCAGAAACCUACAUGUGGCCGCUGAUACACUUUAAACGCAAGACUAGAGAGGCCGACACAUUGUAUCCCCUCACACAUUCCAACUACUGUGAGUGUUGUCUCUGGUUGAUUGUUUUUGUUGUUGGAGUUUUUCCUUAGGUGUUUGCUGAAGUCACGCUAUAGCUGUGCACUCCGAGGGAUUUAGUGAACUUCGUUCGCUCUUUGUCUAACUCGAUUCCCCGUCCCUUCUUUUUUCGGGGGUAAAACGACAGUAGAGAGCCAAGGAGCAGGAAUGGCUUUCGCGUUUUGGGACGGCUGUAAUGGUUUGGGAUUUAUUUGGAUUUUUCUUGUGGAUUUACUGGGAAUAACUGCAAGUAACAUGGAACCUAUUUAUUGGAAUACAUUGAACAAGAGGUUUCAGGAUGACAGGGGGUAUGUGUUGUACCCCCAGAUAGGGGAUCGUCUAGAUCUGAUCUGCCCAGCCUCCAACCCCCAAGGCCCCCGCUCCCCCAGUGAGUAUGAGUACUACAAGCUGUACCUGGUGUCCACACGCGAGCAGGCUGACCGCUGUGAGGUGAUGGGCGCGCCAAACCUGCUGCUCACCUGUGACAAGCCCAACAGUGACAUGCGCUUCACCAUCAAGUUCCAGGAGUUCUCCCCCAAUCUGUGGGGACAUGAGUUCAAGACCCUGCAGGACUACUACAUCAUAGCUACCUCAGAUGGGACAAGGCAGGGACUGGACAGCAUGAGAGGAGGAGUGUGUGUGACACGAGGGAUGAAGGUGAUUCUCAAAGUGGGACAGACUGCUUAUGGCCUCCCACCCAAACCCAAACCAGACCCAAACCGCUUCCACCCCAAAGGGAAUGGGACGAUACCCAAGGCAGGUGGCGAGGGCGAGGGGAACAACGGGAACAACCCUCCAACCUCCUCUAGCGUGGCAGUGAUCGCUGGAGCGGUAGGGGGCGGAGCCUUCCUCCUCAUCGUGACCGCAGUCAUCUGUGUGGUGUGUUACCGCUGGCGACAGAACAAGCACUCUGAAACUCACCACCCCAGCCUGACCCUGACCACCCUCACCCCCAAGAGGGGCAGCACCAGCGGGGCCGGCUGCUCCACCGGAGGCAACAACGGCUCAGAGCCCAGUGACAUCAUCAUCCCGCUGCGGACUUCAGACUCGGCCUACUGCCCGCACUAUGAGAAGGUGAGCGGGGACUACGGCCACCCCGUCUAUAUCGUCCAGGAGAUGCCCCCCCAGAGCCCAGCCAACAUCUACUACAAAGUAUGAGAGAGGGACAGCCACACAGCCCGGCUGACAUAGACAUACAGGUGUACCAACACAUAGACUGCUGUUUUCAACAUAGAAAUAAAACUGUCUCUCUAGCUCCCUCUACUCCCUCACUCACCCCAACUCCCUCUCUAUGGCUGACUGUUUGGGAUGGCUAUCCUCAACCUCCUGCCCCAUGGACUGUGCUGUACAGUGCUCUGACACUGUGGAUGGAUGGAUGGAUGGAGGGGUGGUUGUGUCUGGGUGGGGUUAUUGAUCUGUUCCCUGCUGUGAACCCAAUGAUGGAGGUCGUGAGUCCUGGACAUGUGGGUCAUUAUGCUGACGGACUGUGGCAGCGACUCAGUCCCCACCUCUCACUCAAAGGGAGGACAGUGGAUAUGAAAUGUCAAACCUUUUCAAAGUGUUAGUGUGUGUGUGUGUGUGUGACGGAAUGUGUGUGCGUGCGUGCGUGCCUCCGCAUAACCUGUAAGUCUGCUUGUGUUUGGUGUGUAAAACCAGUACCACAAGAACAAAUAUCAAAGCAAGAUUCUGAUUUCUACCCACUGUUAUCAUUUACAGAUGAUAUUAAAUAAUUAUUUCAUAACUCA